GGGGCGAGAAGGGCUUUUCUGGCUUCGAUCCCUCUACUUGUCGUGUUAUUUAAAGAGGCAGAGUCCAUCAGCUCGGCGACUGCCCGUGCGAAAAGAAUCAGCGUACGUUUGAAACGACGAACGAGCCGUGUUCGCCCCUUUAUGAGAAUUGAAGAGCUAAAAUCCAAAAGAGGGGGAAAGGAGGACUGGGCCGCCACUCGAAUCGGCGCCAGCCAGAUCUCGCCGGCGAUCAUGGCCUCCGACCAGCCUUUGGAGAACGGCGUCGAUGGCGACGACGAGAGAGAGGAAGACGAGGAGGAGGAGGAAGAAGAGGAGGACGGGGAAGAAGAAGAGGAGGAGGAGGAGGAGCCGAGGCUCAAGUACCAGAGAUUAGGAGGCAGCGUGCCGUCUCUCCUCUCGACCGAUGCAGCGUCCUCCAUCGCCAUCGCGGAGCGGAUGAUAGCGCUUGGAACCCAUGAUGGCACCGUCCACAUCCUUGAUUUCCAGGGCAAUCAGGUUAAAGAAUUUGCUGCUCAUGCAGCUACUGUCAAUGACCUUUGCUUUGAUGUGGAAGGCGAAUAUAUUGGCAGCUGCUCAGAUGAUGGUACCGUGGUCAUAUAUGGUCUCUUUACGGAUGAAAGAUUAAAAUUUGAGUAUUAUCGUCCAAUGAAAACCAUAGCUCUAGACCCUGAUUAUUCAAGAAAAUCAUCUAGAAGAUUUGUUGCUGGUGGUUUAGCUGGCCAACUUUUUUUAAAUACAAAGAACUGGCUAGGCUUCAGCAAACAGGUUCUACAUGACGGUGAAGGUCCAAUACAUGCUGUGAAGUGGAGGACAAGUCUUAUUGCUUGGGCUAAUGAUGCAGGGGUGAAGGUUUAUGACAUGGCAAAUAAUCAACGCAUCGCAUUUAUUGAGAGGCCACGAGGAAGCCCACGACCUGAGCUUUUACUUCCUCACUUAGUUUGGCAGGAUGACACUCUCUUGGUAAUUGGCUGGGGAACAUGCGUAAAGAUUGCAGCUAUUAGAACCAAUCCGCCUCGUGGAGCCAAUGGAAUACAAAAGAAUAUGACCAUAUCAACCACAAAGUAUGUGGAUAUUGUGGCAUCAUUUCAGACUAGCUACUAUCUAUCUGGUAUUGCACCCUAUGGUGAUGCUUUAGUCAUUCUAGCAUACAUUCAUGAGGAGGAGAAUGGAGAGAAAGAAUUUAGUAGCACCAUUUCGUCACGCCAGGGAACUGGACAGAGACCAGAAGUACAUAUUGUCACAUGGAAAAAUGAUGAACUUACAACAGAUGCUCUACCUGUGCAUGGCUAUGAGCAUUACAAGGCGAAGGAUUAUGCCCUUGCACAUGCCCCUUUUACAGGAAGCAGCUAUGCAGGUGGCCAGUGGGCUGCUGGCGAUGAGCCUUUGUAUUACAUUGUAUCUCCCAAGGAUGUUGUGGUUGCAAAGCCUAGAGAUGCUGAAGAUCAUAUAUCUUGGCUUCUUCAACAUGGUUGGCAUGAAAAAGCAUUAGCUGCAGUUGAAGCAGGACAAGGACGGACUGAGCUUCUUGAUGAGGUGGGAUCUAGAUACCUUGAUCAUUUAAUUGUUGAAAGAAAAUAUGCAGAAGCUGCUUCAUUGUGUCCUAAGUUACUACGUGGAUCUGCUUCAGCCUGGGAGAGAUGGGUUUUCCACUUUGCUCAUCUCCGCCAGCUGCCUGUUUUGGUUCCUUACAUGCCUACAGAAAAUCCACGGCUGCGUGAUACACUUUAUGAGGUUGCCCUUGUUGCUUUGGCUACUAGUCCAUCGUUUCACCGGCUUCUCUUGUCAACUGUUAAAUCAUGGUCAACUACAUUAUAUUCAGCAUCAACUGUUAUCUCAGCUAUUGAACCUCAGCUUAAUACCUCCUCCAUGACUGAUUCACUAAAAGAGGCAUUAGGUGAACUAUACAUAAUUGAUACUCAGUAUGAGAAGGCUUUUUCAUUAUAUGCUGAUCUGAUGAAGCCUGAGAUAUUUGACUUUGUUGAGAAACAUAGCUUGCACGAUGCCAUUCAUGAUAAGGUUGUCCAGCUGAUGAUGCUGGACAGUAAAAGAGCUGUGUCUCUAUUGAUUCAACAUCGUGAUAUAAUAACCCCUUCUGAAGUUGUUGGACAACUGCUGCAUGCCAGUAAAAAGUGUGAUAAUAGAUUUUUCCUGCAUUUAUACCUGCAUUCACUGUUUGACAUCGACUCAGAAGGAGGGAAGGAAUUCCAUGAUUUGCAGGUAGAGCUUUACACUGAAUACGAGCCACGAAUGCUACUCCCAUUUCUUCAUAGCAGUCAUCAUUAUAAGCUUGAGAAGGCUUAUGAAAUUUGUGUUAGAAAAGAUCUUGUAAGAGAGCAGGCAUUUAUCCUUGCAAGGAUGGGAAAUGCCAGACAAGCGCUUGCAGUUUACAUAAAUAAGUUGGAAGAUAUAGAGGAGGCUGUGGAUUUCAUAAGUACGCAGCGUGAUGAUGAUCUAUGGGAGGAGCUAAUCAAGCAAUGUCUCCAUAAGCCUGAAAUGGUCGGGAUGUUGUUGGAGCACACUGUUGGUAAUCUUGAUCCUCUGUAUAUUGUCAGUAUGGUGCCCAAUGGAUUAAAGAUACCGCGGUUAAGAGAUCGCCUUGUCAAAAUCAUCACUGAUUAUCGAACAGAAACCUCUCUUAGACAUGGAUGUAACGAUAUCCUCAAGGCUGACUGUGUCAACCUUUUGAUCAAGUAUUACAAAGAGGCUCGACGGGCCAUCUACUUGGGCAGUAUGGAAGAAGAAACACGUGGGAAGAGGGAAAAUGAGGCUUCUGCUCCAACAAUUGAGAGAGUAGCAAAUGCAAGAAUGGUGGUAAUUCAAUCCAUAACAAGGGGCAAUGGGAGGUGUUGCUUGUGCUUUGAUCCUUUGUCCAUACAAAAUGUCAAUGUCGUCGUGUUCUUUUGUUGCCAUGCAUAUCAUGUCCCCUGUCUCCAGGAUGGCUCAGAUUCUGUGGGCAAUGUAUCUAAUAAUGAUGAUGAUGGUGGAUCCCGAAUGCGUUGCGUUUUAUGCACUACUGCUGGUGGGUAAACAUUUGACUGUGAUGUGGAUGUGUUUUUCAGUGAGAUUUUUUUUUUUUUGCGCCCAUUUGGCAUCUUGUAUAUCAAUAUUAAUAUAUAAAAAUUUCUCAAUGCAUUAGUUUUGCCAA